AUGAGACGGGUGAAAAAUCAGAUUAGAGAAAUACACACUGAGAAUGGGGAGGUGCUGUCUGCCCCAACAGAUAUUGGCCAAUUCGUCUCGGCUCAUUUUGAUGAAUUUCAUAAAAAAGAUGGGAAAGUCAAGGAGACUGACAUUCUUUACAAUAUUCCAGGGUGUAUUUCUUUGGAGGACAACCUUUUCCUGACUGAUACCCCCUCUAAGGACGAGGUUAAAUCUUCAGUAUUUGACCUAGAUCCUGACAGUGUUCAAGAUCUUAAGGGAGCUAAGCAUGUUAUGAGAUUUUUUGAUCUUUAUCAACAGUAUUCUGGUCAGAUUAUUAGUAUGGAGAAGAGUAAGGUAUUCUCUGGAAAAAUACCAACAAAAAGAAAAUCUCAUCUCAAAGAGGUUAUUAAUAUUCCGGAAUGUAAGUUUCCAACCCAGUAUUUGCGUGUGGAGAUUUUCAAAGGAAGGGUGAAGAGGGACUUGAGUAUGCCUUUGGCUAAUAAGUUCAAGGGUAGGCUGGUUGGGUGGAAGGGGAAACUUUUAUCGCUAAUGGAGCGAUGGACUAGGAAUUUUAUUUGGAGUGGCGAGUUGGAUACUACAAAGGCAAUCACGGUUAGAUGGGAUAUGGUCUAUAAGCCACAAGCUGAAGGUGGUUUGGGCAUUCGAAGGCUGAGAGAUGUGAACCUUGCUAUGUUGUUCAAACUUACUUGGUUUAUUAAAAAUGAUAAGUCAUUGAUUGCUGCCUUUUUGCGUAAAAGAUUCCUCUCUCCUUCAGGGAAGCCAAAGUCCUCAUAUAUAUGCUCCUCUAUUUGGCUAGGAAUUAAAAAGGUUUGGGAUUUUGUGAAGCAGAAUGAAAGAUGGGUGGUAGGGAAGGGUGAUUCCAUCUCUUUCUGGUUUGAUCGAUGGCUCGCAAAUUACUCAGUGGCUGAAAAGGUGGGUAUCAAUGAUAAUGAGAUGCUCCAUGCUAAAGUCUCAGAUUUCAUAGUCCAGGGAAGGUGGGUUUUACCUACUUUGAGUUCCUAG